AUCGUAAACUGAGCUGGCUGGUUAUUAUUAUUAUUGUUAUAACCUAAUUGUUUGCGAUUUGUUUGGUCCGGCAUACACAUACACCUUUCGGCAAACCCUUUAAAAUUAAUUUCUUACUAUCACGACUUUUGUUUGUUACGGUAAACUUAAUAGUUAAUAGUUAAUAAUUAGGGGAUAUUUAAUAUUAAGGGAUAUAGUAAAGAAGUCAUGUCUUUUAAUAGUCCCUUGGGGUUUAGUAUAUCCAAAUCAACUCCUACUACUUCCACUACUAAUACUAAUGGUACAUCUACUACUCCAUCAUCUCAUGAAUCUACUACAACACCUAAAUCACCAUUCUUUCAGAAUAUUUUAGCUAAAACAUCUCCCUCCAUUGAAACAUCUCCUAAAGUACUUCCUACAACUUUUGUAGACUCUACUACUACUCCAGUAUUAAUUCGAGGAGGAGGAGAUGAUGGUAAUUUAUCUACCACUACUACCAUCAAUAAUAUUAGUCAUAGUCAUAAUAAUAAUACUAAUAAUAAUACUGUUAAUACUAAUAAUAUUAAUAAUAAAGUAUCUUCAAAUUCAAUUAACUCAUCAAUUAAUAAUAUCCCUAAUAAAUCUGAUUUAAUUGGCCUAUUUGAUAAGUUUGAUAUUGGAGUAAAACCAGCAGAUUCUUCAGAACCUGAUAAGCAAGUUCAUGAAGAUGGAGAAGAAAAUAAAGAAGAAAAGAAAGAAGAUGAAAUAGAUCAAGAACAAGAACAGGAACAAGAACAAGAUUCAACUACCAAUGAGAAAGUCACAGUUGAAGUCAAUAAAACAUCAUUAAUGACCAUUCAACCAUAUAAUCCUGAAUUGACUCUGACAGAAAUUGUUCAAGAAGCAUCAUCUUCUAGUGUAGAAGAAUCAGUUCAUGAACAAGAUUUAAAUGAGAAAGAGCAACAAGAUGAUAAUAAAGACUUGACUGAUAUCACUGGUGAUGUAGAAGGUCUUGAAAGUUCUGAAAUUGAAGAAUAUGAAUUAAAGAAUGAUGAAACAAGUAAACGUCGACCAACAAUUUCAAGUAUACAUUCUGAAUCUAAAAUUUCAAGAAUUGCUCAACCUCAAGUUAAUCCUGAAGAACAAUAUCAACAAUCUCAUAAACCAUUUUAUUUUCAAAAUUUCUUAAAUCAAUUAAAGAAGAAAUCUGCUGAUCCUAUUGUUAGAUAUAUACGAUCAUUCUUAGUAUCAUUUUUAAGACAAGGUCAUACAUUUACAGCUGAACAAAGAAUUAAAAUAAUUCAAGAUUUUAAAAACUUUAUGAAUGAAAAAUUUACUUUAUAUGAACCAUUUUCAUCAAUGGAUGAAAUUGAUUUAGAAAAUUCUCGAGAAGGAUUAGAAAAACUUAUUAUGAAUAGAUUAUAUAUUCAUUGUUUCCCACCAGAAGUUAUUAAAGAAAAUCCCAAUUAUAUACCUCCAUCAUUUGAAGAUAAUUUAAAAGAUGAUAAAGAAUUUUCUAAACAAGUUGAAAAAUUUAGUUGGAUUAAUGGUAUUCAUCUUGAUAUUAAUAUAAAUCAAUUAUCUGAAUCUAUUAAAGAUAAUGAACGAGAUUUUUUACAAUAUUCAAUAACUGAAAUGAAUAAAAUAAAUGGUUAUAGAGCUCCAAGAGAUAAAAUUAUUUGUAUUUUAAAUGCAUGUAAAAUUAUUUUCAGUUAUUUAAAAGUUAGUAAACAAGAAACUAAUGCUGAUGAAUUUAUACCAUUAUUAAUUCUUGUAUUAAUUAAAGCAAAAACUAAUAAUUUAAUAAGUAAUAUUAAUUAUAUUGAAAAUUUCCGAGGUCAAGAAUGGCUUAUUCAUGGAGAAACAAGUUAUUAUUUAUCAUCUAUUCAAGGAGCCAUUGGAUUUAUUCAAAAUUUAAAUGUUAAAGAUUUAACGGUUGAACAAGAUGAAUAUAAUGCCCAUUUAGAAGCUUGGGAAGCGGAAGAAAAACAGAAACAAGCUCAACAAGCAUUAAUUCUGCCUCAACCAGUUCAUAUACCUCAAUCAUCUAAUAAUAAUAAUACAACAUUACCUCCAAGUCAAGGUUUAUCACCUUCAAGUGUAUUAAUAACUAGUGCAGAAAUGUUUACAAAAUCAAUUUCUAAUUUUUUAUCACCUUCACCACAACAAGAUGAGGAUCAUCAACAUCAACAUCAACAUCAACAUCAACCAGAAGAAUCUGAAACUCAUGAUAUUGAAUUAGAAAAGUCCACAUUUAAUAAUUUACAAGAAAUUUUUCCAACUUUAGAUAUUCCUAUCUUAAAGGAUAUUGUAUAUAUGAAUAAGGGAGAUAUUGACAUUUGUAUAGAUACAUGCUUAAAGCUUGUGAAUGAUAUUUAGAUUAGUUA